AUGUCAGUUAUGAUUCCAGGGGAACACACUACAAACAGUGCAGAUUCUUUGUUCCAAAUUCGCACCAGUACCACGGAAUCGGACGUCCGUUCGUUUCAGCAAAGACAAUCCGAUGUGUUUUCCUCAUUGGCAAGUUUAGAGGCGGCACAUGUGGAGGUCACGAAGGCGACGAAAGAUAUGCGUGAUGCCGUCCGCAGAGCCGCUUGGCGCCACACAACUACUGCACCUGAGAACCUGGCUGCUGAAAAGAAACGCCGUGACGAUUCCACUUCUGCCUCGCGUCCACGUGAUUCACUCGCACUAGAAGACAAUUUCCGUAGACCCAAGGUUCCUCUAGCUAGACGUCAAAAAGGUGGUGGUACCCAAUCUUUGCGGCGUGACCCUCUCAAAUGGACUCAUUAUAGCUUGGCAGACGUAGACGAAGAUGGGUCAGCUGGGCAAGGCGGUGAUCCGAAUUUUGCAAUCGCUUCUUCAUUUAUUUCCAGUCUACGAGAACGACAAGCAGUGGCAUAUAACCUAGAGGAAGACGAUGGAUCCGACGCGAACACGAAGGCUGAGCACCGAGUCCUAUUCCGUCCUGUUCGCGGUAGCAAACGAAGCCGAAUGGAAGAGAGGGAGCCACAGCCAUCCGCAGUGCAAUGUGUUGCCUUAUCGGCAGCACAGAGCGAGGAGAUCACAGAGUGUUCGGACACAUCAGAACUGAGAACAAGUAUACUUGAUACUGCUGCGUCUGAGGUUUUCCUUUACCGCCGUCGGCGACCUCAGAUUCGCGAUAGAACCGGCGAUGAUACGAUCGACUCGUUGGAUGAGCCCACAAAGUCACCAGAGGGACUCAUGCAACCCAACUUUUCGAGCAGCGAGGAGGACAUAAGUGAAGAUCUGAUUGAAAACUUCCUGGCUUGA